CAAAAAGUUUUGAAGAUGAACACCUCGGAUAUUUUUUGCGAUUCCGAAUUUACAAAUGCGUCCAACUUGUCCAACUUUUCGUGUGUGAACCGAACCGUCCCGUCGUACAGCAUCAUAGACAUCGCGUCUUUCAUGCACAUAUUCCCCACUAUCUACGGCAUCCUAUGUUCAGUUGGAGUUCUGGCCAACAGUUUGGUCAUCUAUGCUGUGGCAUCAUGCAAGAAGAAGAUGGUCUCUGAUAUUUACGUGCUGAAUCUGGCCAUCGCAGACCUGCUGUUCUUGUUGGUGAUGCCGUUUAACAUCCACCAGCUGGUCAGGGACAGACAGUGGGUCUUUGGGCACUUCAUGUGUAAAGCCGUGGUGGUGGUGGACGUCAGUAACCAGUUUACCACAGUGGGGAUAGUGACUGUGCUCUGCAUUGACAGGUACAUUGCAAUUGUACAUCCUACAUCUGAAAAGCGAACCAUUCAGUGGACCAUCAUCAUCAACAUUAUGGUGUGGGUGGGCAGCUUCCUUCUGAGCAUCCCAGUCAUGAUAUACGCUAAAGUCCUCUCCAAAAAGAACAUGGAUGUGUGUAUGAUUAACCUGGAUGGGCCACAAGAUAUGUACUGGUACACUCUCUACCAGUCCAUGCUGGGUUUCAUUGUCCCCCUGAUUAUAAUAAGUACAUUUUACACUCUCACUUUGUACCACGUGUUCCGCUCCAUCCGGCGGGUCAAACGCAAGCAGUCGGUGUGGGCCAAACGGGCCACUAAGACAGUUCUGAUGGUGAUCGCCCUGUUCCUGGUCUGCUGGUCUCCUUACCACGUCAUCCAGGUGAUCAACCUCAGCAUCCAGCAGCCCACCAGCGCCUUUGUGUACGCGUACAACAUCAGCAUCUGCUUAAGUUACUCUCACAGCUGCAUCAACCCCCUCAUGCUGCUGAUAUUCGCCCAGAACUAUCGCGAUCGCCUGUGCUAUCGCAAAGAGCUACAGUCCCAGAUCAGCUCUUCCAAGACCACCGUCAAAACCGACGGGGGGUCUAGCGUCAGCCCGGACACCAGCCACCGUUGCACUGUCAUCUAACGGCAGACGUGCUAUCUGAGGAAAACUGCAUGGAGGCCUGCAAUGCAACACUCGCUGUACGGGUGUCAAUUGCACGUAGACUGUUUCUCAAAGGGGAAAACUGUGAAAUGAAACGCCACAGUGAACUUUCAGGAGGCAUGAAGGAGUGAAUUAGCACUCAAAUAUGUUUGUGGUUUGUCACUCUCUGGAAAAGUGACUAUAAUGUCUUGGU